CCCCCCCCCCCCCCAGCCCUCAACGACUCCAACGACGUCGAUACAGCCCCCGAAGUCGAUGCGCCAGUGGUAGGCUGUGGAGGGAGCAAAAAAGCAAGCGCAGCAGGUCGGUCAGCACUUCGAGCCCGUCCCAAUUACGACCCGGGACGGGAGGAGGGGGGAAGGAGGAGUGAUCCGUAGCCGAGGUCCACUCUAACCCUCGAGACGAGGCGGAGGGAAGAAGAAGCCGUCACAUCCCGCGAACAUCUGGGUCAUCGCUAGUGAAUAGGCAGAAAUAUUGCUUUUGCCCUGUGUGUGUAAGACGUCUCGCGCUUCGAUUCUACAUACCGACAGGGCUUCUCCGCAAAGCCAUCUCGACGAAUAGGGGAAAAGUGGGCGGCGAGGUAAGGGCCGUCUAUAUACGGGUAACCUGGAGCCUAGAAUCGCCGCGCCAGGAACCCCCACCCCGUCGUUUGCCGCAUCUGUGCUCACGGCUCUGGUGGGUUUGCGCGCGGCUGUUAGCAAGCCGGCAGUACAGCUAGGCGCGGAGCACCAAGACCACUUAACCACGGUGCGGCCCGGGCAGCUAGUGAUCAGCGGCAUUUAACAUCCACAAAGAAUCACCCAACUCAUCGACCUCCUCGCGAACUACGCGAUCUUGGUAGCCGCGCGUGAGACAGCCAACCGACGAACAAGACACGGCCACGACGACGAUGACUUACGAAGACGUAUCCUCGCGGGCCACGGCCCUUAGGCAAGUAGUCAAGCUGAUCCAGGACGCCUCCGAGGCGCUGAUUUCCGAAUGGGAAGCGCCGUCGCCGGGCGCGAUCCCGGCGAGCGAGACGAGCUUUGCGAUACCGAGCCGUCCGGCCUACGACGCGCAGCGCAUCAUCAUCGCCGCGCUGGGGUCGAUAGAGGAGCUCGUGGCCGACCCCCACAGGCGCCUCUUGGACUUUGCGGAGCUGUACUUCGAGGUGAGGGCGCUCCAUGUAGCCGCCGAGCAUAACAUCGCGGUCCUAGUGGCGCGGGGGGGCGACGACGGGGUUCCCGUCGAGGACCUGGCGAAGGCGACCGGGCUCGACGAGAGCAAGUUGGCCCGCAUCUUGCGCUCAUUGGCAACACAACAUUUCUUUCGCGAGGUCACACCGGGUAGAUUUGCAAAUAACAGGAUCACCCGGGCCCUGGUCGGCGACGAGAAGCUGCAGGCGCAAGUUAAGGGCAGCUCGUUGGGAUACGCAGCCUCCUCAGCGCUGCCAGAGGCGCUGAGGGACCCCGUACGGGGGCCGAGCCAGAAUGCUGUGGACGCAGCGUGGACGUUGGCCAUCGGGUCCGACACCCCCUACCUGGAGUGGAUGACCGAGAGAGUCCCUCUACGGCGGGCAGCAGAGAAGGCGAGCCCGUGGGCCGCCAGAGCCGCGACGAAACUCAUCGAGGCAUCGCCGGACGAAGAAUUGGUCCAGCGGGCCGAUGCCCAGCUGUUCAACUUAUACCUGGUCGGCAAUAGCAAAAGCUUAGGCAGUGCGCAUCUUUACGACUUCCCCUGGAAGGAAGCAGGGAAUAGUCUGGUCGUCGAUGUCGGAGGUGGUGUUGGCAGCUUUGACCUUCAACUCGCCCGGCUGUAUCCGGACCUGCGAUUCGUCGUGCAGGACCUGAGCACUGUCACGGAGCAGGGGCUCUCUCUGUGGAAGGAGGAAUAUCCCGAGGCUGUCGAAUCGGGGCGGGUGCAGUUCAUGGAGCAUGACUUCUUCACGCCGAAUCCGGUCGUGGGCGCAGACAUCUACUGGAUGCGACACGUCUUGCACGACUGGAAAGACGGUGACUGCGCCAGAAUUCUCUCGCGGGUAGCUGAGGCGAUGAGCGCAGACUCGCGGCUGCUCGUGGCCGACGUCACGCUCGUCGAGACGCUUGGAGACCCGUACAUCCAAGCGGCCCCCAAGCCGCUGCUGGCCAAUUACGGCGUCCACGGUCAUCACGGGUUCUCGCUCGACAUAUCCAUGAUGUCUCUGAUGAACGGCAAGGAGCGGACGGCGGCCGAGUUCCGCGAGCUGUUCGAGCAGGCGGGCCUCCAGCUGGUCAAGGUGUGGGAGUGCCGUAGCAUCCUGGGCAUCUUCGAGUGCCGCCUAGCGCGAGGCGAGGAAUAGCGAAGCCACAACGGCAUCCGGCGCCGGCAACUGAAGAAUAUCGUCACGGCUUGCUGACAUGCACGAUCGCGCGGACAGGUUACACCACUUAAAUGUCUCGUCGGAGGCUAUUAUUAGAUGCCAAAUCAGAGGGGCGGGCGGCAGAUUCUAGUCAAGCACGCAUCGCGCCACGGACAGGUCGCGGUAGGGGGUUGAGGAAGGGCGGUGAGGUUGACGGUCGCGUCGAGCUUCUCAGCCUCGUGGCGGUCCGCCGUACGGCAGGUCUAUAGACGCGAGGUUGAGAGGUGGAAGUGGUACACGGAGGAGGCUUGUCGUCUCUUCGGGUUUGGAUGGUCGGUCGGGAGGUGCCAGUGGAUAGAGAGAGAGGGAGGGAGGGGGGAGGGGGGGUGUGGAGGAGGGAUGAGUAAAGGAUACUGG